GACCUGCGCGCAUGCGCAGACGGCGGGUCCGGGCGCCAUGUUGGCAGAGCAGGCAGGGGGGAGGCGUCGUUGGCGGCGGUGAUCGUUCCGGGUCUUUUUUUCUCUCUCUCCCUCUUCCUCCUCCUCCCCCCCUUUUCCCCUCACCCACCUGCUCUCGUCCUCUUUCCUUCCUCCCCUUUCCCCCCGUCUUGUCCUCCUGGUGGCUGUGAGGGGGCCGCUCCCUGCUCCGGGUGGCGCCGCCGCCGCCGCCGCAGCACCAUGAGUGUUGGCGGGGGGCGGGUGUGCGACCUGUCCCGCAGGAACCCCCAGGAGGACUUUGAGCUCAUCCAGCGUAUCGGCAGCGGCACCUACGGCGACGUCUACAAGGCUCGGAAUGUUAACACAAGUGAACUGGCAGCGAUUAAAGUAAUAAAAUUAGAACCAGGGGAAGAUUUUGCUGUUGUACAGCAGGAAAUCAUUAUGAUGAAAGACUGUAAGCAUGCAAACAUUGUUGCUUAUUUUGGCAGCUAUCUCAGACGUGAUAAACUGUGGAUUUGCAUGGAGUUCUGUGGAGGCGGUUCACUGCAGGACAUUUACCAUGUGACCGGACCUCUUUCAGAGCAGCAGAUUGCUUAUGUUAGCAGAGAAACACUACAGGGCUUAUAUUAUCUUCACAGUAAAGGAAAAAUGCACAGAGACAUAAAGGGUGCAAAUAUUCUUUUAACUGAUAAUGGCCAUGUGAAAUUAGCUGAUUUUGGAGUAGCAGCACAAAUAACAGCUACAAUUGCUAAAAGGAAAUCUUUCAUUGGAACACCGUAUUGGAUGGCCCCUGAAGUUGCUGCAGUUGAAAGGAAGGGUGGAUAUAAUCAACUUUGUGACUUAUGGGCUGUUGGAAUAACUGCUAUAGAACUAGCAGAACUUCAGCCUCCUAUGUUUGACUUGCAUCCAAUGAGAGCACUCUUUUUAAUGACGAAAAGCAACUUUCAACCUCCCAAGCUAAAGGACAAAAUGAAAUGGUCAAAUAGCUUUCAUCAUUUUGUGAAAAUGGCGCUUACAAAGAAUCCCAAAAAAAGACCUACAGCUGAAAAACUGUUACAGCACCCUUUUGUUACCCAGCCCUUGAGCCGAACACUUGCUAUUGAACUGUUGGAUAAAAUGAAUAAUCCUGAUCAUUCCACCUAUCAUGAUUUUGAUGAUGAUGACCCUGAGCCUCUUCUUGUGCCUCAUAGAAUUCAUUCGACAAGCAGAAAUGUGAGAGAAGAAAAAACACGCUCUGAAAUCAACUUUGGCCAAGUAAAAUUUGAUCCACCUUUAAGAAAGGAGACAGAGCCUCAUCACGAGUUUCCCGUCAGUAACGAUAUUUUGGACAGUUCAGAAGAAAUAUACUACACUGCAAGAUCUAAUCUGGAUUUGCAACUAGAAUAUGGACAAGGUCCCCCAGGCAGUUACUUCUUGGGUGCAAAUAAGAGCCUUCUAAAAUCAGUUGAAGAAGAACUGCAUCAGCGGGGACAUGUGGCACAUCUGGAAGAUGAGGAAGAAGGGGACAGUGAUGAUGCUAAACAAUCUCAAUUUUUCAUUCUGCCACAAUCUUCCUCUGUGAAAUCAGCCCCUCUCACCAUCACCUCUCUCCAAAAAAAAAGAUCGGUGUUUGUGAUUAACUCUACUAUGAAGGCUAAAGUUCCACCUCCUUUACCGCCAAAGCCUAAAUCCAUCUACGUACCACAGGAGAUGCAUUCUUCUGAGGAUGAUAAUCAAGGAACCAUAAAAAGAUGUCCUAUUCCAGAGAGCCCUGCCAAAUCAAACACUCAAGUACCACCGAGACCACCACCACCUCGGUUACCUCCACAGAAAUCUAAUGCUUUAGGUAAUGGAUUGAAUUCUGUCCAUAUAAAUGGUGACAGAGAAGGUUCUCCCCAUCAAGAGCCAAAUGAAAGCAGGCAUACAAAUCUCUCUAGAAAAGAAAAGAAGGAAAUACUGAAACCAAUUAGUAACGGUCUUCCUCCUACACCAAAAGUGCAUAUGGGUGCUUGCUUUUCAAAGGUUUUCAAUGGAUGCCCCUUAAAAAUUCAUUGUGCAACUUCGUGGAUAAAUCCUGAUACAAGAGAUCAGUACUUGAUAUUUGGUGCUGAGGAAGGUAUUUACACCUUAAACCUUAAUGAGCUCCAUGAAACAUCAAUGGAACAGCUGUUUCCCCGACGAUGCACAUGGCUGUAUGUUAUGAACAAUUGCUUAUUAUCAAUCUCUGGUAAAGCUUCUCAGCUUUAUUCCCAUAAUUUGCCAGGAUUGUUUGAUUAUGCAAGACAAAUGCAAAAGUUGCCUGUGGCUAUACCAGCACACAAACUUCCAGACAGAAUACUUCCCAGGAAGUUUGCAGUAUCUACAAAAAUUCCAGACACAAAAUGGUGCCAGAAAUGUUGUGUGGUGAGGAAUCCUUACUCAGGACACAAAUAUCUUUGUGGGGCACUACAGUCUAGUAUUGUUCUAUUAGAAUGGGUUGAGCCAAUGCAGAAAUUCAUGUUGAUCAAGCACAUAGACUUUCCUGUACCUUGUCCACUGAGAUUGUUUGAAAUGCUGGUAGUACCUGAACAGGAAUUCCCUCUUGUUUGCGUUGGUGUAAGUAAAGGAAGAGACUUCAACCAGGUGGUGAAGUUUGAAACUGUCAACCCAAAUUCUACCUCUUCAUGGUUUACAGAAACAGAUACCACACAGACAAAUGUUGUGCAUGUAACGCAGUUGGAGAGAGAUACCAUUUUAGUCUGUUUGGAUUGCUGUAUAAAAAUAGUAAAUUUGCAAGGCAGAUUAAAAUCUAGUCGAAAACUGUCUGCGGAACUCACAUUUGAUUUCCAGAUUGAAUCAAUAGUUUGCCUGCAAGAUAGUGUUCUGGCUUUCUGGAAACAUGGAAUGCAAGGCAGGAGUUUUCGAUCAAAUGAGAUCACACAGGAAAUUUCGGACAAUACAAGAAUAUUCAGACUCCUUGGAUCUGACAGAGUUGUGGUACUGGAGAGUAGGCCAACAGACAACCCUACAGCCAACAGCAAUUUAUACAUCCUAGCGGGUCAUGAAAAUAGUUACUGAGAAGCAACAUGCAUUAAGAUUAACUCAUGAACUUGCUCAGAAAACACUACUGCUUCAACACUUUUAGAUGGCUGAAAUUGCACAAAAGCUGCAGUAUCCCAACUUUAGUUACUUUGUAAUUUAUUGUGAUGUAUGAGAGAAUGAGUGAGACGCAAGGAUGCUUGCCUGAAUGAUACGGACACAAUUAGCACAUUAAUACCACAAAAGUGCUUGAUUCACCAUUAUGUAAUCUUUGUACAUAUAGGCAGUAUUUUUCAGUGAAAUGUAUUGCUGAAAGUCUCUCUUGAUUUUAUGUAGAUAGUAGACAAAUGUCUUAACUGUACAGAUGUAAAAAGGUUGCUGAGGACAUAAAAUUUGAUUUAGGGUACUAUUUUAAGGACUCUUCAAAAAUUGGAUGCUAGCGAUAAACACUGCAUUUAAUAAUAACACUAUUGUAUUUUAUUAUGUAAUUUACUAAUAGAAAUAAACCUUAACUUUUUAGACAUUGUAACCAAGGCUGUAAUCCUAUUACAAUCUUGUUUUUAAUUUUAUGCAAGUACACUGGUGUUUUUGGUUGCACAAAGUAUUAAUAUGUGAUGUAUUAGUCACAAACAUAAGCUGUGACAUUGUGGAUAUGAUUUGGGUGUUAUAAUUUUAGGGAGGGGUAGCUUUUUUGUGAAACCAGCCAACUGAACACCUGUAUUUUUAUAUUUAAGGAAAAUUCUCUAAUUAUUUUCUGUGCUUGGAAGAAAGUACAAAUUUUGGAAUGGGAAUACAUCUUGAGUAGUGGUACCUUGCUAUAAUUAUUAAUGUAUGCAAUGAUAAAAUAAGCAUUAUUGCGAGUUUUUGUUAAUCAGUGCCACAACAAAUUACAGCAUUCUGCAUCAUGGUUGAAAUAUUUGGGGGUGGAUCCAAAUAACCACCUGCAAAAGGCUGCUCCACAAAAUUAGUAUCCUGUGCAGUACUUGCAGAUAUUCAUGAGCACUUGCAGUAAGAUGAAGGUAUGCAUUUUCCUUAUUAAGAAGCUGAUAACUGACUUGGCAGGACUGAUUGAGUGGAGUCCACACUGAAUUGCCAAUGUGCCCAUUUGGAGCUGCAGAGCUCUUCUGCCAGUUCUUAUAGGAUGUUCAUGUACCAUGGGAUUUCACACUGGUUUCCAUGUUCCUUAUGUGGUAGGAUCUUGUGGGCCAAUAGUUUUCAAGCUACAUUCCAGAGAACUUUAGAGUUCCUCAGAGGCUUAGCAGGGAACUUCUCACUGAGAUGAUCAGUAAUAGUGGAAAGCAUUCCUUAAAGAUAGCAUGCUUACCCAUACUGAUUUUUCCCUUCUUAUGAACAGUUGCAGAGAAUCUAAGAUGUGCUCUCAGUUUGUGAAGGGUGGCAGUAAAGCCCAGUAAGUGUGGCAAGCACCCCUUAUGAACUGACUGCGCAUCACAUACAGUGCCCAAGAAUCCUUUGCAACAUGCAGGGAUUCAUCAGCAAACUGCUUUCUCUCAAGGCAGGAAGCUUGAAACCUGAUGCUAUAAGAGUUUGCACAUACAGAACAGUGGUUCUGAAUAGAGAAGAGAGUUGUUGGAUAGAAUAAUUAUCUUCAUUCAGCCUGUUUGGGUUUUUUUACUUUUUUAAAAAAUAAUUGGCCUUAUGAUUUUCACUUGCUUUUUGAUGUCUUUACACUUCGCCAAAAUAAUUUAGUUACUACCUCACACAAGCAAUUUAAAUUGUUAUUAUACAUCACAGAAAUUUGAGUUUUGAGGAAAACUAUUUAAAAUUGUUUUUCCAGUGCAGUAUCUAAAUGCCAACUUUUAGAAAAAUGCACAUAUUGGCUUUUUUGUAUAUGUUCUUUAUACUGUGAUAUAAAGUAAGAACUACAUUAAAAGUGAUUUAUGGUCUGUAUUGAUGUUGUUA